AUGACAGUGGAAACAGAGAAGAAAGGUACGUUGACACUGUUUUUCAGCGAUUUACGUACCAAAUGUAAAAGAGUUAUAAUUGUAUAUAACAACAAAAAUGAACAUGGUAGUGGGGUUAGUGGAACUAGCAAGGACAGUGGUGGUGGUGGCAGCAACAAAGGUAGGGGGUAUGGUGGCAAUGCUAAUAGUGGUGUGUGGUGGUUAGGGUGUAGAGGUAACAAUGGUGAUAGGAGGAGUCGCGGCAUUAGUGGAAGUUCUUGUGGCAAUGGUGGCGGCUAUGGUCAUGGCAAGUAUAGCGGCAGUGGCGACAACAAUGGUGGAUGUGGUGGUGGUGGUGGUAACGAUAGUGAUCGCAAUGAAGGUGGUGCCGGUUGUGAUGGAGGUGGUGGCAUUAUGGUUGUGAUGAUGUUGGUAGCAACAAUGGUUGUGGUAAUGGGAGUGGUGGUGUAA